UGAUUUGGGGGGUGAGGGGCGCCCCUUUGCUGUUCCGGCUCCUCUCAUCCUGCUCCAGCUGCUCCAGGCCCCUCGCCCCAGGUCCCUAGCUCCCAUCCACCCAGGCUGCGUCCAGGCCCAGGGGAGAAGAUGCUGGCCAGAAAGAGCAUCAUCCCGGAGGAGUACGUGCUGGCCCGCAUCGCCGCGGAGAACCUGCGCAAACCACGCAUCCGGGACCGCCUGCCCAAGGCCCGCUUCAUCGCCAAGAGCGGGGCCUGCAAUCUGGCCCACAAGAACAUCCGGGAGCAAGGCCGCUUCCUGCAAGACAUCUUCACCACCCUGGUAGAUCUCAAGUGGCGUCAUACCCUAGUCAUCUUCACCAUGAGCUUCCUCUGCAGCUGGCUGCUCUUUGCCAUCAUGUGGUGGCUCGUGGCCUUCGCCCACGGCGACAUCCACGCCUACAUGGAGAAGCCCGUGGUCUCCAACGCCUGCGUCACCAGCGUCAGGUCGUUCACGUCGGCCUUCCUGUUCUCCAUCGAGGUCCAGGUGACGAUCGGCUUCGGCGGGCGGAUGGUGACGGAGGAGUGCCCGCUGGCCAUCGCCGUCCUCAUCCUGCAGAACAUCGUGGGGCUGAUCAUCAACGCCGUCAUGCUGGGCUGCAUCUUCAUGAAGACGGCCCAGUCCCACCGGCGGGCCGAGACCCUCAUCUUCAGCCGCCACGCGGUCAUCGCCGUCCGCCACGGCCGCCUCUGCUUCAUGUUCCGCGUGGGCGACCUGCGUAAGAGCAUGAUCAUCAGCGCCUCGGUGCGCAUUCAGGUGGUCCGCAAGACCACCACUCCCGAGGGGGAGGUGGUGCCCAUCCACCAGCUGGACGUGCCGGUGGACAACCCCAUCGACAGCAACAACAUCUUCCUGGUGGCCCCGCUGGUCAUCUGCCACGUCAUCGACCGCCGCAGCCCGCUCUACGACCUGACGGCCUCGGCCCUGGCCGGCCAGGACCUGGAGGUCAUCGUCAUCCUCGAGGGCGUGGUGGAGACGACGGGCAUCACCACGCAGGCCCGCACCUCCUACGUGGCCGAGGAGAUCCUCUGGGGCCACCGCUUCGUCUCCAUCGUGACCGAGGAGGAGGGCGUCUACUCGGUGGACUACUCCAAGUUCGGCAACACCGUCAAGGUGGCCGCCCCCCGCUGCAGCGCCCGGGAGCUGGACGAGAAGCCGUCCAUCCUGAUCCAAGCCCUGCAGAGGAGCGAGCUGUCCCACCAGAACUCGCUCCGCAAACGCAACUCCAUGCGCCGGAACAAUUCCGUGCGUCGGGCCACCAAUGGCUCCUCUCCGGCCCCCUCUUCCUCCUCCUCCUCCUCCUCCGCCCGACGGGGAAACUGUGCCCUGUCCGUGCCCAAGGUGCAGUUUGUCACCCCGGACGGAGGGCCCGGGGGCACGGAGGACUGAGGGAGCCCGGCCCCCGGGGGGAGAAGGGACGCGGGCGUCCAGGCCGGGCCUGGCGCUGUGAUUGACGCCGGGAGGCCCGGGGCUGACGGAUCGGACGGGGUCUCCACCCCGUCUACAUUGGAGGGAGGGCAUCAUUUGACAGAUGAGGACACUGAGGCACGGGGAAUGACACUGGGGAGAAUUGCGGUACGUGUCUAGCAUUCGCAAUGUGCCGAGCGCCGGAGCAUAUACAAAUUCAUCGGGUUGGUUACUGCCCCUGUCCCACAUGGAGCUCAGGUCUUCAUCCCCAUUUGACAGAUGAGGACGCUGAGGCCCGGGGAAUGACAAUAGGGAGAACUGUGGUACGUGUUUAGCAUUUGCGAUGUGCCGAGCGAUGCUCUGAGCGGAUGCGAGUUCGUCAGGUCGGACACGGUCCCAGCCCCACAUGGGGCAUGGCCUUCAUCCCCAUUUGACAGAUGAGGACGCUGAGGCCCGGGGAAUGACAAUGGGGAGAACUGUGGUACGUGUUUAGCAUUUGCGAUGUGCCGAGCGAUGCUCUGAGCGGAUGCAAGUUCGUCAGGUCGGACACGGUCCCAGCCCCACGUGGGGCAUGGCCUUCAUCCCCAUUUGACAGAUGAGGACGCUGAGGCCCGGGGAAUGACAAUGGGGAGAACUGUGGUACGUGUUUAGCAUUUGCGAUGUGCCGAGCGAUGCUCUGAGCGGAUGCGAGUUCGUCAGG